GUUUACAUAUAUAAAUCAUUAACUUGUGGAGAUCUUCUGACUGUAUAACUAUUAAUUAACAAAUCCCAUCAGUUACUACCGUGAUGGGUUUCUGGAAUUGCUCGGAUUUUGUAUUGGGAAUUUUAUAGUUUCGUUUAUGGUUCUGCUGCAAUUUUUGAACGUUGAAAAUCAAAAACCCAUGGAAGGAAGAACUCCUGCUUCUAGUUUUAGCACCAUUGGUGAUCAAGCAAGUUCAAGUAACCAAAUCAUGUGGUUGUUUUCAGUUUUUGGAGGCAUUAUCAUGUGUAAAGUUGCUUAUGAUUUGACGGGUGUAAUUAGUCCCUUGGUCUUCAAAGGUUUUAACAAACUCGAAAGUGUGCAGAAAUUCGAAUGGAAAAAUCGGGGCAUCUCGACCUUCCAUGCACUUUUUGUGGCCAUUGCUUCUUAUUACUUUUUGUUCGUUUCAAAUCUUUUUGAUGAGCAUGAUCAACAAGAGUUCAUCAUCUAUCGGUCAUCUGCAUCAUCUAACACUAUACUUGCGAUGUCCCUCGGUUACUUUUUGUCAGAUUUGACGAUGAUUAUAUGGAUGUAUCCGACUUUAGGUGGUCCAGAAUACGUAUUUCACCAUGGACUCUCUAUGCUCGGUAUCAUUCAAUCCCUUAUAUGCGGCCAAGCUCAGUUUUACAACUUUAUUGUUCUUUUCUCGGAGAUCACAACACCAUUUGUUAACAUAAGAUGGUAUCUUGAUGUUGCCGGGAAGAAAAACUCCAUGUUUUACUUGUUGAACGGCGUUGCAGUGUUUGUAGGGUGGUUGGCUGCGAGGGUCAUAUUGUUCAUCUUCUUUUUCCUCCACAUGUUUACACAUCUUGAUCAGGUGAAGCAAACUUAUUGGACAAUAUUUUGCAGCUUGCUAACGAUCCCGUCGGGAUUGACGAUAAUGAACUUGUUUUGGUUUUGGAAAAAUUGCCAAAGGAUUGAUCAAAACUCUCACAAAGUUCACAAGACAUAGUCAUGGGAGUUGAUUGCUGUUGUAUUUAUUUGAUUUUUUUUUUGACCUUUUGACAUGGAAAAAUUAUAGUGCAAAAUUAAAACAUUAAAGUGUGAGAGUAACGAUGGGUAAAUUACGGAGAAAAACAUCAUUUACUUUUGCUAUUGAUGUAUACGAUGUACUUUUUUUAACUCGUAAUGCCAA